AUGAGUGACUUGUAAAGUAUAAAAAAUGCCAUUCUUAAUUAAAGAAAGAGACAAAAGGUUCAUUAGAUAAUGUAGAAUCUAAGGAAAUAAUUAAAGCUCCCUUAUAUAAUCGUUCCAUUAAAAGACAUAUUUAACUCAGGGCCAGUCGAAAUUCAUGUAAGAAAUGAAAAAUGUAAUAAAGUCAGUUGCUUAUUUGAUUUGGAUGAAAUUUCUAGAGUAAUUUUUGAAGAAAUUUAAAAAUCUCAAAAAUUUUAAAUGUACAAAUGUCCUGAAUGCUCAAAUUAUUUAGAUCUAUAAGGAUUUUAUGUAGAUCAAGAUAUGCAAGAUGCUGUAGAUAAAAUGAAGCAACUAUUUCCAGAUUUGUAUGAAAUUGCUUACUUUUCAAAUGGCGAAGAUUAUUAAAUAAAGGUUGACUAAAAAAAUGAAUGGAUACUAGAAGAUAAAUAGAAAAAUGAAAAUUUUGUUCUUAAAGAAUCUGAUAUGCUUACAGAAUACGAGAAAAAAUAUCCAUUAUUUGAGAGCAAGCAAACUCCUGAUUUUUAUGAAAAUGGUUAUGUCUUUGUUAAUGAGAAUAUAGAUGCAUUAAAAAAUCAAAAACUUUAAUCUGUUGUAUAUUUAUUCUUCCCCAGCUUGGGUAACAAAUGGAAAGAAGUUCUCAUUUUCCAAUAAUUGUAGGAGAGGAAAUAGUCUUACUUUUAAAAGUAUAUGUCAGUAUGUAAAAUGUACAACAAAGCAUUAGGUUACCAUUCUAUUUUUGCAAGUGGUGGUUUUGGAUAUCCUGAAUAAAAAAAAUAUGAAAGAAGAACAUUCUAAGUUUAAUUAUUUAGAGAUGAUCCUGAAGCAUAAAUUUAAAAGGAAGUUGAACUGAACGACUUAAGUCCAAUGAUCACUCCAAGAGUUUUCCAUCAAUUAGUAUGCUUUUAGGGUAAGGUAUAUGCAAUAGGAGGAUACUAUCGUGACCCUAUAAGGGAUAUAGAUGUUUCUUUGAAGUCUUGUGAGAGAUAUGAUCCAGAGAGAAAGGAAUGGAAAUAAAUUUCUGAUCUUCAUCAUCCCAGACAGCUAUUUACAACAGUUGUUUACUAAAAUAAAUUAUUUAUAAUUGGCGGAAAAGUUUAAGCACCUAACUCCAAUACAGAAGAAGAAGACCUAACUGUUGAAUUUUUUGAUCCAACUAAUGACACAUGGAGUAUAAUUAAAAUUUUAGAUGUGCAGAUUCCUUAAAAAUAUUUCACUGAAAGAGCUUAUUGCUUUGUUAAAAGUAACGAUACUGCUGUAAUAUUUGGAGGCAGAAAAGAAAAAUCAUAUAGUGAGUAAAAGCCAUGUGAUAGAUCAAGAACAGCAACAGAGUUAAAUUUAUCUACAGGAAUUCAUUCAUUCACAAAUGAUAUGCUUCCUCCUUAAAGCAUAACUUUUGAUGGAGUUACAGAUUUUCAAGGAAUUUAUUAUAACAACAGAUUUAUUUUUGGUUUCAAGAGAACAGGAAAAGAAAACGGUAAAGAUUUCCUCAUUCCCUCUUUAUGUAAAUAUAAUGAAACCAAUACUACUGAGAAAUUUACAUUUGAGCAAUAUAAAAAAAUAAUGUAUUGA